AUGCUGCGUCGGCCAUCACUCCUGCUCGGCGCCGUACGGUGCAUCUCGUCUCGCCAGCUGCGCAUUCCUGGUGCUCAGUCACUAGUGGGAGCAGUAGCUCGCUUGCCAUGCCUGCAAUGUGGCCUCCAGACGGAACUGUCGCUCUCGCGCUCCUCCGACAUUAGCGAUGUGCUGGCUGAGCGUGCGGACUGCGGCAGGAAGCAACUACCUCUGUCCUGUUCCAAGGAAUGCGCCGACACGCUGCAGAAGACCAAGUCCGAGGUGUUAGCGCUGUACGACAGCAUGGUCGAGGAUGUCGAGUACUCGGCAACACCCGAAGCGUCCAAGCUCUUCGCUGAAGUAUUGCAGGCGAAUCGACGGGAGAGCAGCAAAUGGCAAGGUGACAGACAUCUGACGUCAUGGACGGACUACUUGAAACUCUAUCACCCUGACAAACGUUGGCUGGACGAAGUGAGGGCUUUGAGACUGCUGUCGUCGGCCUAUUCGUACGUCAUGACGCUCAGCAGGUUCCUCCCAGAGUUAACGGACCAAUUCCAGGCAGACACCACCAAGAAGCUCGAGUUUCAUGUGGUCGGAGCUCGCGCGGAAGCGAUGAUGCCUCGUUAUCUGUGGGACGAGCUGUCGUUCUUCCACCCUGGACGUCAGUUCGCUAUAAAGCUGAUUGGAGACCAUGUGCCGGUGAUGUCAGCGCGGAAGAAGACACCCACGACCAGAAAGAACGAAAACGAAUUCAUCCAACUGGAAAUGAUCAAUGGACUCUAUCACGAGAUUGAAGCAAGGAAGCUGGGAACCCCUGACGCCUUUGUGCUGUAUAAUCCUGGAGUCGGUCACCCUCAUCUGCGCAAAAGCUGGGAACCCACUCUGACGGCCGUGCUGUUAUCGUGCAAGCCUGUGCUUAUGACGUCGUUCAGUCUGGAGGAUCAACAACGCGACGUUGCUGCGUUACAAGACAUGAUGGCAAACAGCCCAGAGUUGAAGAACUUUGAGUUGCAAUUCCGAUGUAGAGCGAAGCAGAACUCGUUCCGCAGCUUGAAGUAUCAGGUAGAUUCGUCCAAUGUUGGCACUCCUAUCCAGACAAACAACCGCGUGAUGGUGGUGCAGCUAGCUCCGAUCACCGAGGUGAGAUCGUAG